CGGUCGGGGGAGCAGGUCUGCGCUCCCGCUGUGGAGACUUUGGAAACCCGGCUGGAGAAAGCUGUGUGCCGGGCGGGGAGGCCUCGGGCUCAGUGGUGGGCUCCUCUCUCAAAGACCACUUACUUAUCGCUGACCGACCACAGAGACAUACCAGUGGGGGUGCUCAUAGUCUGCCCACGGCCUGUUAGGUGUUCUCCCCCCCUGGACGCACACCCCCUCCCGCCCUUGCCUGGAAAUGGACACUGCUGGUGUAUUUAUAGCCCUGGAGCACAAGCGAGCUCUGUAUCUUAUCGAGAGAGAGAGCCGUGCUGAGCUUUGCUGUCGGGUUUUGUAACUGAAGCGUGCUUAGAGGGGCUCAUCAGACAAAAGAAAUCCUUCUGACCGCAACCCGACCAGAGGCGAGAUGGAAAUGCCAGCCCUGCAGACGCAACCAUCCACCCUUCCUUUCUUCGACACGGCCCACGCCUUCAACCUCCUGCGGGGGAUCCACGAGCUGCGGGCCGAACGCAAGUUCUUUGACGUGACUCUGUCCGCCGAGGGCCGCGAGUUCCACUGCCACCGCACGGUGCUGGCCGCCGCCAGCACCUACUUUCGAGCUAUGUUCGCCGGAACUCUAAAGGAGAGCGCCAUGGACCGGGUGGUCCUGCACGAGGUGUCGGCUGAGCUCCUGGGUCUGCUGGUGGACUUCUGCUACACCGGGAGGGUCACCGUCACGCAGGACAACGUCGACGUCCUGCUGAAGACGGCCGACCUCUUCCAGUUCCCCUCGGUCAAGGAGGCCUGCUGCGCUUUCCUCGAGCAGCGGCUGGACGUCUCCAACUGCUUGGAGAUCCAGGACUUCGCCGAGGCCUACGCCUGCCGCGAGCUGGCCACGAGCGCCCGCCGCUUCGUCCUCAAGAACAUAAUGGAGCUGGCCAAAGCGACCGACUUUGCGCGUCUGCCGUGGAAGCGCCUCCUCGAGUACGUGUCGGACGACGAGCUGUGCGUCGACAAGGAGGAGGCCGCCUAUCAAAUCGCGUUGCGCUGGGUGAAGGCGGACCUCCAGCGGAGGCUGCACUACUGGCCCGAGCUGCUCCAGCAGGUCCGCCUCCCCUUCGUCAGGAGGUUCUUCCUGCUGGCCCACGUGGAGAGCGACCCGCUCGUCUACCUGUCGCCCACCUGCCUCCGCAUGGUGAACGAGGCGCGCAGCUUCCAGUCGUGCGAGUACGACCGCCACGACCGGCCCUGCCACCGAAUGCGGCCGCGGCCGUCCACGGGGCUGGCGGAAAUCCUGGUGGUGGUGGGGGGCUGCGACCAGGACUGCGACGAGCUGGUCACAGUGGACUGCUACAACCCGCAGACCGGACAGUGGCGCUACCUGGCCGAGUUUCCCGACCACCUGGGGGGAGGCUACAGCAUCGCUGCCCUGGGAAACGACAUGUACGUCACAGGUGGCUCCGACGGCUCCCGCCUCUACGACGGCGUGUGGCGCUACAAGUCCAGCGUCAACGAGUGGACGGAGGCGUCGCCCAUGCUGAAGGCCCGCGAGUACCACAGCUCGUGCGUGCUGAAAGGUCAGCUGUACGUGGUGGCGUCGGACAGCACCGAGCGCUACGACCACGCCGUGGACUGCUGGGAGGCCCUGCCGCCCAUGCUGCACGCAAUGGACAACUGCUCCACCACCACGUGCAGCGGACGCCUGUACGCCAUCGGCUCCCUGACCGCCGAGGAGACCAUGGCCAUCCAGAGCUACGAUCCCGACACCAACCGCUGGGCCAUGGUCAGCUGCGGACAGCUGCCGCCGUGGUCCUUCACGCCGAAAACCGUCACCCUCAAAAGCCUCAUCUACUUCAUCAGGGAUGACUCAGCCGAGGUCGAUGUUUAUAAUCCUCAAAAGAACGAGUGGGACAAAAUUAGUCCGAUGACCCAGGUGCACGUUGGCGGCAGUGUGGCCGCCCUGGGCGGUAAAUUAUACGUGUCCGGCGGUUAUGACAACACCUUCGAGCUGUCCGACGUGGUGGAAGCGUUCGAUCCGACCACGCGCUCGUGGACUCUCGCCGGACGGCUUCCUCAGCCGACUUUCUGGCACGGCAGCGUCAGCAUAUUCCGCCAGUUCAUGCCCCAGGUGUCCAGCGCUUUUGAACCUACGGAGAUACCCGAGUCCAACGCCAUCCACUUGCAUCGGCACCAUCGGCACCAGGCGCUCCAAAACCUCAACAACAAUCUCAACCAGAACCAGGAUGUGAACCCAGCGCGCUGAGUUCGGUCCUAGGAGCCCUUGUUACACGUUCGUGUCGGGGGUUUCGGUGCUGCUCAAUCAGAACCAGUUUGUGGGAUGUGCUCUUUGACCGCGGUGGAAAUCAGGUGUUUUCACACUGAAAAGCUCGCCAUCAAAAGGGGGCGGGGGUUAUUAUUCAGUUAAGGAGGGCGUUCGUAGUGUUGCACUUUUCUGUUUGCGUGAAAACUGACAUUUGUUUAAAUAUUCAAAAAGGACAAAAAUAAAAAAGUCUGAAUGUUGGAUAGUCGGUUUUCAGAGGUGUCAAGUAGCGAAGUACAAAUACCUUACUUAAGUAGAUAUUUUGGGUAUCUAUACUUCAGAUGACUUUUUACUUCUACUCCUUACACUUUCAGGCAAAUAUCUGUACUUUCUACUCCUUACAUUUUAGAAAUAGCCCCGUUACUCCUAUUUCAUUUUGACUUGUUUUCAUUCCGGCUUGUCGUCGUUCAAAAACACACACACACUAAAAAAAGCUAUCUAGAUAAAUCGCACCAUCCGGAUAGAGUGAAUUAGUUUGUGGUUGGAUGAGAAGUAUAAAUAUAUACAAUUCAGACAGUCUAUUGUUCUCCGCGAUGCACCUGCAGUUCAGUGUUUCCCACCAUUAUAACAGGGGUUAUUCUUUUUUUACAUUACUUUUAUACUUUAGUUUUGAAACCAGUACUUUUAUACUUUUACUUCAAGUCAAACGCUUGAGUUGAUACUUCAACUUCUGCAGAAGUCUUUUUAAACCCUAGUAUCUAUACUUCUACUUGAGUAACGAAUGUCAAUGCUUUUGACACCUGUGUCGACUUAGUGAAUUUUAUAAUAUAUAUAUAUUUAUAUGAGUGGUGGGUUGCAUAUUGGCAGCUUCCUCCUGAAUGUCUUUUUGCCUUGUAAAACCAAAAUAGACUCUCCAACAACACUUUGCUUUCCGUGUAAAUGCACCUUUAAUGUCUUCUGUCCGCUCGUUUUUUUCCUCAUUUUACCUCAUUUCGGUGCAUCAAGCUUUGAUGAGCUUUUAACUGAAGGAGAGCAAAAAAAGGAAUAAAAACUCCGCCUACCAGCAGCCAGUCGAUUCCACAGUUCUAAACUUGGAAAAGCUGAGCUUUUUGGUGUUAGAAGAGAAACGCUCCAUGCAUGAAGUGUCACCGGUAAACUUCCUCCUUUAAAGAAGAGCAGCACACAGCAGCUUCCAGUCCCCGGCAGGCCGAAGCGUCUGUGUGCUGUAGUCAUUUCUCAGAAAGAGUGAUAACCUGUUUACAUUCCAAAAAAGCAGUGGUAAUCACAACUGAUAUCCAGCUCUAAAAAGAAGUGCUGUACGGGACAGUUUGAAGGCUCAGUUUCCUUCAACUGCCGAGUCCAAAGUUUAUUGCAACUCAAUCAAUAUUAGUCUGCAUUUAUCCUUUUCAUUUCCACCGUCUGCAAAGACGCCUGCACCUUUGUGAGCGCGCUGGUAAAGCAGCAAUCCAACGGCACCGUCAACUACGUGCAUUCAAGAUAUAUUGUGUAAUGACAUCGUAAAACAUGACAUAUUUGCAUGAAGAACUUUGUUUUUACGGACAUCUUAACGUCUUGUAUUUUUAUUUAAGAAUAUAUUUGUGUUGUGAUUGCUUAAGAUGUCCCCGCCUUUCAGUUGCAGUCAGAAAAGUAACACCUCGUUCAUAAAUGUGGGCGACGGGUCGCCAGUAACUGGAAGUGCUAAAGAAUCUCAAUUUUAGCUUUAACGUUUAUUAAUAGUCAUAGUUUUCGUACAAAUUUGUGACGUUACAACAUUUUGUCACGUCACUUCCUGUUUGUUUUCUUUUAAAUGUUUACAAUGUGGUUACCAUUUGCAGGUUACUGAAGAAUUGUCUUAAAAAUUGAUAGUGGUUGCAGCGGAGUGUGAAAAUAUUUUCAUAAAUAGCAAAAACGUGUACACAUUUGUUUGUGUUUAUAUUUGAACAAAUAAAAUCAUAACUUGUGUUAUUCCAA